AUGCCUGAGAUACGAAAGCCCACUCUUCACACCACGCCCUACGCCGCCAUUAGUCCCGACGCCUUGAGAGGAACCCUCGAUGGGCGUGUCGUCGCCAUAACCGGUGCCGGUGGAGGUCUUGGACGUGGAGAAAGCCUGGCCUUUGCCCAAGCUGGUGCUAAACUCGCCCUGAUAGAUUUGGAGCAGGCUGUUUCGGCGCUGCACACCACGAUGGAGCAGUGCACAGCGUUCGGGGCCCAGGCCAAGGCAUACUUUUGCAACGUGAUGGAUGUUGAGCAGUCGAGGAAGACAUGGGAACAGAUCCGAGAGGAUCUUGGAGAAAUCGACGUCCUCGUCAACAAUGCCGGAGGAACCAUCGACCGCCCAGUCCACAUGGAGACGUUUGACCAGUUCUGGGCCAUGGUUGACCUAAACUUCAAAGCCCCUAUGCUUUGGACGCAUAUGCUGCUACCUGCGUUCCGGGCUCGUGGACAUGGAAGAAUCAUCAACAUCGCCUCGCGAUCCGCCACGGUUAACCUUCCCUUCAGCGCAAACUAUGCCGCCGCAAAGGCCGCGCUCGUACGCGCAAAUGGCUGUAUCCAAUUCGAGCUCGACAUGGACGGCUUUGACGACAUUGAGAUCUACUCUCUCCACCCGGGAGCAACCAAGACGGGCAUACAGAAGAGCCUCCCCAGCGACAUUGCAGCAGCCUACCCCAAAGUUGCAGCGGCGUACGAGAGCUUCUGUGCGCAGUUCAAGUGCGAGCCUGCGCUGUGUGGACAGACUUGCGUGUUCCUCGCUUCCGGGCGAGGAACCGCUCUCAAGGGAAAGUACUUUGACUGCGAACAGGAUAUUGGCUACGUCGUGAGCAUGGGUGACCAUGUGCGUGAGCAGGGGCUGUAUGAGUUGAAAGUAGACUUUCUCGGGGGCUUGCUAAACGAUGGAGGCACGAUGCCAGACGCGGGGAUGAAGGUGUGA